UGUGACGUCAGCUGACGCCCAAAGAGUUGCGUAUAUAUAGAGCUCGGCGAUGAGAUCUAAUCAGUUCAGUUUGUUUACUCAAUCAUACAACAUGAAGGUCUUCCUUGCCGUUUCCUCCCUCCUUGCCAUCUCCGCCGCUGCACCCGCCCCUGACACCCCCGGCUACGCCCCUGCUGCCCCUCAGUACGCCGAUGAGCCCGCCAAGUAUGCUUUCAACUGGGCCGUUAAGGAUGACUAUACCAACAACAACUACGGUCAAGAAGAGACCAGGGAGGGAUAUGCCACCAGUGGUUCUUACUACGUCGCACUUCCCGAUGGCAGAUUACAGAAGGUGACCUACUCGGUCAACGGUGAUGGUGGAUAUGUUGCUGAGGUCUCUUACGAGGGAACAGCUCAGUACCCCGAGGCUAAGCCUUAUGCUGCCGCCUCCGCCCCUGUUGCUUCCUAUGCCCCAGCCCCUGCCCCUCCCAAGUAUGCCCCAGCACCUGCCCCUGCCAAGUACGCCCCUGCACCUGCCCCUGCCAGUUACGCCUCUGAUCCUGCUCCUGCUCCUGCUCCUGCCUACUCUCCUGCUCCUGCCCAGUACUCCGCCAGCCAGUAAAGACAAAUCAUCAAGCUUGAUUGCUUGGUCUAGUUAAGACCAGCCAAUACUAUGCUCGAAGAAUACCAAAUGACUGCCUGACUGCCUGAACCUUGUUCAUUGUUGUUAUUUAUUUAUUUAAAUAUUAUAUGUAGUAAAUAAAACUUAUACCAAAAAAUU